UGUGUCUUAGGAGAAGGCAGUCAUGGUUCUGUCCACGCUGUACCUCACCGUCCUGCUGCUCUGCCUGGGACAUGCGGCACUACCUGACACCCCGCCUGGAGGCCGGUGCUCAGCUGGCGUACCUGGCAGCCCGGGGCUCAACGGGCACAAUGGGCAGCCUGGCAGAGAUGGCAAAGACGGGCGAGACGGAGGCACAGGACCUAAAGGGGACAGAGGAGAACCAGGUGAGCCAGUUCCUGGUCCUCCAGGUAAAAUGGGUCCUGCCGGCCCACCUGGUCCCAGAGGAGAGAAGGGGGACAUGGGGGCAAAAGAUUCAAAAGGGCGCUUUGGACUCUACAUCUCAGAGCCCCCUGAACCCUGCGCGCUGUCCUCAUCUGUAGUUGUUACAGAGCAACAAAAGAGAGUUCGAAAAGAGAAGGGAUUCUUCCAUCUGGACUCUUCAUCCGUCAUCUCCAUAGAAGUCACAUCUGCCGACGGGGGGGCACACACACACAGGAACUUCUGGAACCUCUAG